CCUUUUCUGUGGACUUUUGCCCAGCCUUUCACGAACAGCCUGCAGGAGCCUCUCUCCCCUCUGCUGCCACAAAAGCCAGUGAGACCAACCCACGGGACACAGAGAGACCAUGAAGAGCCUGCUCCUUCCCUGCCUUCUGGCUGCCUGGGCUAUGGCAGCUCUGUGCUAUGAAUCUCAUGAAAGCAUGGAAUCCUAUGAAAUUAAUCCCUUCAUUAACAGGAGAAAUGCUAAUACUUUUAUAUCCCCGCAACUGAGAUGGAGAGCUAAAGCCCAAGAGAGGAUCAGAGAAAGCAUCAAGCCUGCCUAUGAGAUCAAUCGGGAAGCCUGUGAUGACUUCAAGCUUUGUGAACGCUAUGCCAUGGUUUAUGGAUACAACGCUGCCUACAAUCGCUAUUUCAGGCAGCGCCGAGGGGCCAAAUGAGAUUGGAAAAAGUCUCUUUCCAGAGUCUGGUGCCUGGUUUUGUAUUCCUUUGCAGUAGCAUCAUUGACCUACAUAAACACAUACGAAUUGCUUCCUUCUUAAGUGUUCUUGUCUGACUGCUACCCUCCUUCCUGCCCCCAGGUUGAGAGGCAGUGAAAGAGCAAUGUAGGGAAAGGUCAAGAGGGAGUUCAGAUGUGUGAUUAUUACACAAUAAACUGUUGGUUGGAUACUUUCA